AGAGGACCUGUUCCUGUGUUUCUGCCCGGUCUUCUCUUGGAGCUCCGCAUCUCUGCCAGGACGCAAUCCUGAAGGGUGUUGGAAAUCCUAAAGAGUUCGGAUUAAGAUCCAAACGGGAUUGGUUCUGAGCGUGAACCCCAGAGCAAAGAUGUUCUACUAUCCCAACGUGCUUCAGCGCCACACAGGCUGCUUCGCCACUAUCUGGCUGGCAGCAACCCGAGGCAGCCGGUUGGUGAAGCGUGAAUACCUAAAAGUGAAUGUAGUAAAAACCUGCGAGGAAAUCCUCAAUUACGUCCUGGUCCGAGUGCAGCCUCCCAAGCCCGGCCUGCCCCGCCCCCGCUUCUCCCUCUAUCUCUCCGCCCAGCUGCAGAUUGGUGUGAUUAGGGUCUACUUUCAGCAGUGCCAGUAUCUUGUGGAAGACAUCCAGCAUAUCCUAGAACACCUGCACCGGACCCAGCUGCAGAUUCGCAUUGAUAUGGAGGAGGCUGACCUACCUAGCUUGCUUCUCCCCAACUGCCUGGCCAUGAUGAAGAUGCUGGAAGACGCCCCAGAACCCUUUUUUGGGACAAUGUCUGUGGACCCCGGACUCCCUAGUCCCUUUGAUAUUCCUCAGGUUCGACACCUUUUAGAGGCUGCCACCCCGGAGAAGAUUCCCGAGGAGUCCCUUCCUGAAGUCACUCCCGAGCCCAGGAAGCCAGGCAGGACCGUAGCCACUGUGCAGUCUCCUGAGGUCAUCACACUCCAGGAGGCAGAGCCCAUACGCAUGCUGCGGAUUGAGGGAGAGCAGGAUCUCCCAGAGAUCAGCCGAGGAGACUUGGACCUGCUGAUUGCAGAAGAAGAUGAUGCCAUCUUGUUAGAGGACCAUCAGAGACGCAGGCUUCUCACACGGCGGAGGCCUUCCCUGGCACUGGAUGAACCCAAGGAAGAACCCCGGGCCCUGGAAGGUGAUGGUGGGGUCCCGUCCCUUUCGCCUCUAGCUCCUGCACCGGUUGAAGGGAUAAGAGAGCCACUUCCAGGCCAGAUCUUGGCUCCUGAAGUACAGAAGUUGUCAGGCUGGGAGCCUGGGACCCUACUCACUGAGGUGACACCCCCUCAGGAGCUGCGUCUGCCUGCCCCACCUAGUGCAGAGAAGAGGCCCCGGUCUCCUCAGAGCCCACCUGGCCGCCGUCGCCGUCGCCAGUUACUAUUCUGGGACAAAGAGACUCAGAUCUCUCGCGAGAAAUUUGAGGAACAACUGCAGCCCAGAGUUCACUGCUGGGAGUAUCCAGUGGUCCAGCCUCCCAAGAGGAUGACCAGAAGCCCGGCAGAGCUCUUCAGAGCCCCAACUCUCUCUGGCUGGUUAUGCCCAGAACUCCUAGCUUUAUGGACCCACUGUGCCCAGGUACCCCCAAGAAUGCUCAGAGAAGGUCCACAGAUGGAGACGGAAGAGGCAGCUGAGGAAAGGAGAAAAACUGAAGCUCUUAGUGAGAUUGAGGUUCUGAGGGAAGGCCAGGAGCCCAGCGGCCCCCUCAUGCUGUCCUCAGAGCUUUCCCUAGAAGCAGCCGAAGAGGAAAAGUCUCGCACCAGCCUCAUCCCCCCAGAAGAACGCUGGGCCUGGAUGGAGGAGGGGCAGCCAGAGGCCCCUGCACUGCCCAUGCUGCCUGAAAUCCCUGAAGUGCCCAUAGAGAUGCCCCUAGGGCCUGAAGAAGCACUCUCCUCAGAGGCUGUGCUUAGGGCCGUAGCACUGGAGCUGCAGGCCAACAGGCAGCCUGACUUUGGCAGCCUGGUGCCCCCUCUCAGCCCCCGGAGGUUGGCUUCUCGGGUCUUCUAUCUGCUCUUGAUGCUGUGUGCACAGAAGAUCCUUCUCGUGGAACAAGAGAAGCCAUAUGGGCGUCUCCUGAUUCACCCUGGACCCAAAUUCCACUGA